CAAUCGUCUGUGCAUAUUAAAAUAUUUUCAUCUCUUUCCGUUGAUUCUCCCACCAAUCCCUGGCUCUGCAAUUAACUAACCUCACCCACUUGUUCAACUACAAAAGGCUACAUUCAUGAAACAGUCAAAAUUCCAAACCUUUUGAUUCCUUCAAAACAGAUCACAACACCUCCAACUCACUCUCACUCUCUUUUAACUUCACUAUGCGAAAGCGACCGCAAGCCGCUUCGGCGGUGCCACCGCCCAGCGCCACCGAACCGACUCACGAAGAAAUUAAGACCGUUAACAACUUUCACCUGAGGAGCGCGCAGAGGUCGGGGUUUGUAUGGACGGUUUUACUUGCGUUGUUUAUGUACAGAUCUUGGGGCGUUUACUAUUAUCAGUAUGAUUCCAUGCCUCCGCCGCUGAGUUCUGAGCAGGCCGGCAAGAGAGGCUUCUCUGAGAUUGCGGCCAUGGAACAUGUAAAGGCGUUGACUCAAUUGGGCCCGCAUCCUGUUGGUUCCGACGCCCUUGAUCGCGCCGUGCAGUAUGUUUUGGCAGAAGCAGAAAAUAUUAAGAAAACUGCUCAUUGGGAAGUUGAUGUGGAAGUGGACUUUUUCAAUGCAAAAUCUGGUGCAAAUCGUUUGGUCAGUGGCGUCUUUAAGGGAAGAACACUUAUUUAUUCAGACCUAAAGCAUGUCGUUGUCAGAUUUACCCCAAAAUAUGCAUCAGAGGCAGCAGAAAAUGCCAUUCUGGUCUCUUCUCACAUUGACACCGUUUUUGCUGCGGAAGGGGCGGGUGACUGUAGUUCAUGUGUCGCUGUUAUGCUGGAACUUGCUCGAGCAACGUCUCAAUGGGCUCAUGGAUUUAAGAAUGCUCUCAUAUUCUUGUUUAAUACAGGGGAGGAGGAGGGUCUAAAUGGUGCUCAUAGUUUCAUAACUCAGCAUCCCUGGAGUACAACUAUUCGCAUGGCUAUUGAUUUAGAGGCUAUGGGUAUUGGAGGGAAGUCUAGCAUUUUCCAGGCUGGUCCUGAUCCAUGGGCUAUUGAGACCUUUGCCUCAGUAGCAAAAUACCCUUCUGGUCAGAUAAUAGCACAGGAUUUUUUUUCUUCUGGAGCCAUUACAUCUUCAACUGAUUUCCAGAUAUACAAAGAGAUAGCUGGUCUUUCAGGCCUUGACUUUGCAUACACAGAUAGAAGUGCAGUAUAUCACACCAAGAAUGACAAAUUAGAUCUAUUAAAAUCAGGGUCUCUUCAGCAUCUAGGAGAAAAUAUGCUUGCGUUUCUGCUUCAGAGUGCUUCAUCCUCUCAUCUUCCAGGAAGCAAUGCAGUGGAAGAAGAGGGAAAAACUGACCAUGAGAGCGCUGUAUUCUUUGACAUUUUGGGGACUUACAUGAUCUUAUACCGUCAGCGUUUUGGAAAUUUGCUUCACAAGUCAGUGAUAAUGCAAUCACUUCUGAUAUGGGCUGCAUCAUUGGUUAUGGGAGGUUAUCCAGCUGCAGUUUCAUUGGCCUUGUCCUGUUUGAGUGCUAUCCUCAUGUGGGUGUUUUCAAUUAGUUUUUCUGUUCUCAUUGCCUUCAUUUUACCCCAAAUUUCUUCAUCCCCAGUGCCCUAUGUGGCAAGCCCCUGGUUGGUGGUUGGGUUGUUUGCUGCACCUGCUUUCCUUGGGGCUUUAACUGGUCAACAUUUGGGUUAUAUUAUUCUGAAAACAUAUCUUGCGAAAGUAUAUUCCAAGCGGAAGCAGUUAUCACCUGAUAUUCAAGCUGAGUUGAUCAAGUUAGAGGCUGAAAGAUGGCUCUUUAAAGCUGGUUUUGUUCAGUGGUUCAUCCUUCUAGUGAUGGGAAACUAUUAUAAAAUUGGAUCCUCUUAUUUGGCUCUAGUUUGGUUAGCACCUCCUGCAUCUGCAUAUGGCUUGCUUGAAGCAACGCUGACCCCAGCCCGGUUACCAAGGCCACUUAAACUCGCGACUCUGCUCAUGGGCCUGGCUAUACCAAUUUUAAUUUCUGCUGGAAACUUUAUUCGAUUGGCUGUCACAGUUGUUGCAAUUUUGGUUCGAAUUGAUGGGAACCCAGGUGGCACCCCUGAGUGGCUGGGAAGUGUAAUAGUUGCGGUUGUUAUUUCUAUUUUCAUAUGCCUAACUCUGGUGUAUCUCCUUUCAUAUAUUCAUCUUUCAGGUGCAAAAAGACCAAUUGUCCUUGCAACAUGUGUUCUGUUCAGCCUCUCACUCAUACUGGUGUUAUCUGGUACCGUUCCACCAUUCACCGAAGACACUUCCAGAGCUGUGAAUGUUGUGCAUGUUGUAGAUGCAACUGGAAAAUUUGGUGCAAAGCCAGAACCUAGCUCAUAUAUAGCUUUAUUUUCUUCUACUCCUGGAAAGUUAACAAAGGAGGUUGAACAGAUGAAAGAAGGCUUCAUUUGUGGUCAAGAUAAGGUUGUUGAUUUCGUUACUUUGUCGAUGGAAUACGGUUGUUUGACCUAUGAUGACACUGAAGGUGGGUGGAGCCAGUCAGAUAUUCCCACAAUACAUGCUAAUUACGAAUCCAAAGUUGAUGAAAGAAUCACACAAGUUUCAAUUGAUACCAAGGAUUCCGUCCGGUGGUCUCUUGCUAUCAAUGCUGAGGAAAUAGAAGAUUUCACUUUCAAAGACGAUUCAGGGGAGUUAGUUCCACGCGACAAAAAGAGCAGCAUGGAUGGAUGGUUUAUAAUCCAAUAUUCAGGAGGAAAGAAUGCACCAACAAUGUUUGAUCUGAAUCUUUUCUGGGUGAAAAAUUCUACGCGAUCAUCUCAAAAUGUAGACAGAAACAGUAAAGAAGAGCAUCUCCUUCUAAAGCUGAGAACAGACUUCGACCGAUUAACACCACGAGUAGAAAAUGUACUUUCCAAGCUUCCUUCAUGGUGUUCGUUGUUUGGGAAGUCAACAUCUCCUCAAACUUUAUCCUUCUUAAACAGUCUUCCUGUUAAUUACUAGGUAAUUGGCAGAAAAUAAGAAAGAUUUACAAAACCCUGAUGUAAUCAUACAGUGUUAGAUGUAAACAAAGUUAGAUCAUUGUGUUUAUUAUAGAAAUUAUUAUUGUAUUAGAGGAUAUAAUAAGUUAACAUAUGAGUUUGAGGAGUGAAAA